AUGGUGCCUGAGUCUUGGGCCGCUGAGGUCAUCGGGUCGCUGGAGGAGGACUUCUAUGGCAGAGAGUUGAUCCUUGCAGACCGGGACCUGGUGGAGCAGGGAGCAGACGAGAUCCUCAGAGACGCCGACACCUCAGAUGUGGGCUUCCUGGUGGUGGGGGAUCCUUUUGGAGCCACGACACACAGUGACCUGGUGCUGAGAGCAGUGCAUGAUGGGAUACCGUACAGAGUGAUUCACAACGCCUCCAUCAUGAACGCUGUGGGCUGCUGCGGUCUCCAGUUGGAGCCUCUAGAAGUGCAAAAAAGUUGA